ACUGCUAGCCUAUGCUGCUAGCUGCAAAAAUGUACAUCUAGGCUAUUGCUAGUAGCUGCAAGUAAGCUAAUUCUAGCUAGUAAGCAAAGUCUCUAUCAGACAAAUGUUGGUGUCAUAUGUCAAGGGGGUUAACUGAUGAAGGGUAGUUGUUUUGUCGUUUUGUGUUUCUCAGAAGUUGCCCCUGAACUCUCGUUUUUGAAUAUUACCGCAGUUGGCUAUGUAGCGAGUUGGGCUAGAAUCCUGUCAAGCAUAGGUGUGUGCUGCUGUCUCAGCUAGACUAGCCACCUAUCGCUAGCUAGCAUGAUAUGGGCUAUGCUGAACACGCGAGUCUCGUGGGGCGUUUAGUGUAGUCAUGAUUCACUCUCUUAGCUAGCCCAGCGGCCUUGCUUGUUUGAUUAUGAUGAUUACAUAAUGUCUACCUCCUGAUUGUUAUUAAAUCAGCUCGUUAGCCAACUAACAACGUUAACUGUAGAUUCUAGAUUCGGGGUUCACAGAAAACCACUGCAGCUUUAUGUCAGCAAAGCCAUAUAAUGACUUGGCAAAUAGCAUUAUAGAUGGAUAACAUAUCUGUUUGCUUUACUUUUUACUUGCCUCUAGAUAUUUGUUGACAGUUAGCCGUGGACAGUUUGGAUUGAGCUUUAGUUAGUGAAACUAAAGAGUGGCAAUGGCUGGCCGGAGGGAGGAGUGCUUGUGGAAGAAGCACAUCGCGGAGCAGCUCAAGCUAAGGGACCGCGUGCAGAGGCAGGCCUUCGAGGAAAUCAUCCACCAGUACAACCGUCUUCUGGAGAAGUCUGAUCUGCAGGCUGUGCUCUCUGAGCGGCUGCAAACGGACAAAUAUGACCAGAGCAGACACGACCUCAGUCCGGGGUCGGACGCCAGUCGCAAUGAUGCCCUCAGUCAGGAAAUGGCCCAGAUGCGCAUUAAGCAUCAGGAGGAGCUCACCGAGUUGCACAAGAAACGUGGAGAGCUUGCCCAGAACGUGAUUGAACUGAACAACCAGAUUCAGUUGAAGGACAAAGAGAUCCAGAGCAAUGAGGCCAAGAUGCUGGAGUAUCAGCAGCAGAUCUCUGGGCUGGAGGGCGAGUGUCGUGAGCUGCGGAGCCAGCUGCAGGACCUGGAGCGGGCCAACCAGACGCUGAAGGACGAGUACGACGCCCUGCAGAUCACCUUCAGCGCCCUGGAGGAGAAGCUGCGGCGCACCACCGAGGACAACCAGGAGCUCGUCUCGCGCUGGAUGGCCGAGAAGGCCCAGGAGGCCAACCGCCUCAACGCUGAGAACGAGAAAGACUGCAGGCGUAGGCAGGCCAAGCUGCAGAAGGAGCUGGCAGACGCUGCCAAGGAGCCCCUGCCUAUCGACCCGGAUGAUGAUAUCGAGGUGCUGUCUGAAGAAGCUGGUGGGAAGGGGCCCGGCGAGGCCUCCCCUAACCGACCCCUCAGCCGCACACCCAGUAAGCGCAUAUCCCAGCCACCCCCUGGGCUCCUGGACUCCAUCUCCAACAUAUUUGGCCGCUCUGAGUGUGUGCAGCCUGGACACCCCCCAUCUUACUCCAGGCGUCGCUCGCUGAACUCGUACGGAAGCUCGCCGGAGAACGCAGAGAUGGCCAGUGGAUCCAGUGUGGACGUCCGGGUGCCUUCAACCGCCCUCCACAUAUUUGAUGCCCAUGAUGGGGAGGUGAACGCUGUGCGGUUCAGUCCAGGCUCCCGCCUGCUGGCCACUGGGGGAAUGGACCGCAGAGUCAAACUCUGGGAGGUCGUCUCAGGUCACUGUGAGCAGAAAGGGGCGCUGACGGGCAGCAACGCUGGCAUCACCAGUAUCGAGUUUGACAGCGCGGGUUCCUACCUACUGGCCGCCUCUAAUGACUUUGCCAGUCGGAUCUGGACUGUAGACGACUACCGUCUGAGGCACACUCUCACCGGUCACAGUGGGAAAGUGCUCGCGGCACGCUUCCUGUUGGACAACGCUCGCAUCGUCUCCGGGAGCUACGACCGCACGCUUAAACUCUGGGACCUGCGCAGCAAAGUCUGCAUGAAGACAGUGUUUGCAGGCUCUAGCUGUAAUGACAUUGUCUGCACUGAGCAGUGUGUGAUGAGUGGCCACUUCGAUAAGAAGGUCCGCUUCUGGGACAUCAGGGCGGAGAGUAUAGUGCGUGAGCUGGAACUACUGGGCCGGGUCACGUCGCUGGACCUGAACCCUGAUCGGACUGAGCUGCUCGCCUGCUCCCGUGAUGACCUGGUGAAGAUCAUCGAUCUACGGACAAACGCUGUGCGACAGACCUUCAGUGCUCAGGGGUUUAAGUGCGGUUCAGACUGGACAAGAGUGACCUUCAGUCCGGAUGGAAGCUACGUGGCAGCCGGUUCUGCAGAAGGAACCCUGUUUGUGUGGAACGUUCUCACGGGAAAGCUUGACAGGACUUUGGACAAAGGCCAUAGCUCUGCGGUCAACUCUGUUUCCUGGUCCCCUUCUGGCACCUUUGUGGUCAGCGUGGAGAAGGGCAGCAAGGCAGUACUCUGGUCCGACAUGUGAUUGGCUGGCACCUGCGUCUACUCAGUUACGAUUGGCUCAGCUCAACUCCAGCCCAAAACGGCAGUGGGCGAAAAGACGUUUUAACAUGAAGCAGGCGUGGCCUGGCCUGGCGUGGCCGAAGUCGUUCGCUCCUCACUUCAGCCACGUUGCUGCCUCCUGGCUUGUUGUGAUCGGACCUCUGGUGUUCUCAUAAUCAAAGGGCGGCUCAACUGACUUGUGCGUAAAAUGAAUGCUUGGUUGGGGUCUUUGGACGAGGCGGCCGCAGUUGGGUGGUGGUGGUUUGAGAGAGACACACACACACACACACCAGUAUACAGUAUGUGAUCUAUACCGAUAUAACUCCAACAUACAGCACACUGUCUUUCAUAAAAAAGGACACCAGCCUUGUCUUUUUUCCCCCCUCCCGUUUUAUUUGCCACUUCAGAGAUACAGCCAAUGUUAAACUUAAUCUGUGUCUGUAAAACUUUUGUCUGAUUUGUGUGUCAAUAGUUUUACACUACUUAAUAUGGCCAUGGCUCUUAACUGUGUGUGUGUGUGUGUGUGUGUGUGUGUGUGUGUGUGUGGCAUGUUCAUUCCUUUCCGUUUGUUACUGAUUAGUGAAAUGUGAGGUGAGCGAAUGUUGUGUUGGGUGUGUGUUUGUCUAUCUAUGUGUGUGAGGGCGAGAAUGUCAUUUUUGGAUGUUUGCUUGAGUGUAUUUGUCCCGUGGUCUUUGAAGUCACUUAUAUUCUGCCUUAAUCAGAUAGUAACCGAGACCUCCCUGCUGAGGUCAGUCAGCUGUGUCCUUAAGGCCCCUCCCACACACACACACAAGCACAGUCCCGCUUCCCCAUAUCUGGCUUUUUGUGUGUGUGUGUGUGUGUACAGUCUCCCAGAUCCCAAAAUGCUCCCAGCUGAAGGAAAAGUAUCAUCCAUCUUUACCUCAUUUCCUCCUUUUCCUCUUCAUCAUCCUCCUCCUCUUGAGCUCCUUGGAAUGCAGUUUCUAAUCAGCACUUCUCUACAUCGACAUCACUGUAUAAAAGCCCAGCUUUAGCCAGCAGUGUGCCGCCACCCAUGUGCGUCAUGGCUUCUCUCCACCUGCAGUGACGUGAAGCUCAUGAGGUGUGUGUGUGUGUGUGUGUGUUUGCUAACCUCUGUGCAGGUGGGGGUAGCACAGUGCUGUUUUGCCAAACAAACGAACAAUUUAGGAACGGAUAGGUUAUGAGUUGACCAAUGUUAAGUAGAUUUAAAUGUUAGGCCAGCUAGGUCUGAGGCACUACAAAGCAGGAAGUAACUGUAUGUUAUGGCACUUGCCAUUGCUUGUGAAAGAUACUUGCACAUUACUAUUUAAAGUCUUUAAAAACAUGUUUCCUUUCCAAUGAAUAAUCCCUAUUAAAUAUGGACGAGAAGGCUUGGGUCCAUUUACCAUGAUUUUAAAUCUAGGAAAACAAAAAUGGCCAACAACUUUCAGACAGUUAGUCUUAAGGCAAACUAGGAAUGAACUUGUGAACUCGGUGUAAAGCUCUGUGUUGUGUAAGGCAGAAGUGUUUGUUUUAGGUAUUUAGGUAGCUGAGGAGGUGAGGAGGUAAUACACGGCUUCAGGUAGGGCAGACCAGCACUGACCGCUGCCAUGUACCAGACUGAUAAAACUUUUUAAUUUUGAAAUUGCAGCCUGUUGUCACAAAACUUUGUCAGAAUAGCAAGGCUAAAGGAUCUUGUUGGACACUGCCACCCUGCCCACACAGAGGAUGUGCACAAUAUGAUACUCCUUGUGUUCAUUUUUUGUUUUAAAAAAAAAAAACAUGUUUCUUUAAUAACUUUUAGUUCUAAUUUUGAGGCACAAGUCACAAAUAUUACAUACCGCCACAUCCUACAGCCAGAAUUGCAUAUCAUGGUUCUGCAACACUGCAUGACCUUUUACAAGAAAACAAAGCUAAACAGUUUGCUGUGACAUCACACAUAGUCACCCAAUCAGAGAGUGGGGGUUGGGUCACAGAAGCUGUUUACCACUUUUAAAACACUCCCACCCCUAACUUGGCCAGCCUACCGCCAUUGGCAAAAGGAUUGUAUAACUCUUAAGUUAUGACAUGUAUAUGAAAUAUCCUCUGUAUAUGUGUGUUCAAUGUAUGCACAACAAUGAAAUGUGUGAGCUCA